CAAAUGGGUUCCUUUUUUGGAGACUUAAUUGGAAAAGAAAGCCUAACAAUAAAGGCACGAUCACAAGACAAGAUAUGCUUGGCUGCUACGAAGACUCGAGGAGCAGGGUCCUUAGUGGAGGACGGACAUGGGGCAAUCACAUGACAGUUGGCCACUGUAGACGAAGAUGUGAGAAAGAGAGAACUCGAUUUUACGGACUUGAGGCUGGCAAUGAAUGUUUCUGUGGGAAUUCCAUGCGCUACAAAAACAAAAAACCAUUAAGUGACUGCAAGAUGAAAUGUAAAGGAAAUCAUGAGGCUUGUGGGGGUGCCUGGAGGGUCCUGAUUUACAGAAACCGAAAAUAUCGCAGCUCAAACUUUGUUCGAAAGACAGGACUCGUGGGAUGUUAUAAAGAUGGCUGGUAUAGGACUCUAGGCGGCUCGUAUAGACGGAGUAGCUACAUGACUGUCAAUAGAUGUAUAGCUAUUUGUAAACGCAAGAGGAAUUGCUACGCCGGGGUUGAGUAUGGGGUGGAAUGUUUCUGUGGAAAUUCUCUUCGCCGGAGGCAGAAAGUUGCCAACUCGCAGUGUAAAAUGCCUUGUAGUGGCUACAGAAAGGAAGGAUGUGGUGGGAGAUGGCGGAUUGCUAUUUACAGGACAAACGUUAAAAGAGGAAAUAAUUGUGGACGGCAUAGGAAAUGUCAUUCAAAUGCAAGAUGCGUAAAUGGAGAAUGUCGAUGUAACAAGGGAUACACGGGAGACGGCGUGAAAAGAUGUUAUCAAACCUGUACCUGUUCAGCAUCAGGAGAUCCUCACUAUAGAACAUACGACGGCCAGAUGAUUCACUUCAUGGGCAUCUGUAAAUACACCUUAACUAAAGUCAAAAACAGCCGCUCUAACAUCUUUAACGUGGAAGUCAAGAACGAAUAUCACGGCAGAUCUCGUCAUGUAUCUUAUACAAGGCUGGUGGACGUCAAAUUGGGAAAAAACACCAUUCGUCUGCACAAAAAGCACCAAGUAUAUCUUAAUGGAAUAAGAAUAUACCUACCUUACACAAGACGCGGUGAGUUUAGAAUUUUUAGGAGCGGUAACAAAGUCAAGGUUAUAGCCAGUACUAACGAUGGAGACGGCGUGGUCACGUGGGAUGGCUGGAGCUCGGUCACAGUGACUGUUCCAAAAAAUCUCGGACGUCGUAUGAUAGGACUUUGUGGGGACUGUAACGGGAAAAAAGACGAUUUCCGUACAAAAUACGGUAAAGAUGUGUCCAGAGACUCCCAAAAAUUCGUCAAGAUUGGCAAUAGUUACACUGUGAAGGACGAUACUGACCAAAUUCAUCAGAGUUGUAAGGUGCAUGAAGUAUCAAAUAAAUGCACACCAGAACUGCGAAAGAAAGCCAUGGAUAGCAAAGUUUGUGGCUUUCUUAAUUCAGAGAAGAAAGACCAAAGUCCAUUCAGAGAUUGUUUAGCUGAGAGUCCAACGACGAGUAAAGAAAUGUUUGAGAACUGUGUGUUUGAUUUCUGUACAUAUUACUCGGAAGUCUCUCAGCGGAAGAAAGCUAUCUGCCAGAGUGUGAGCGGUUAUGCGGAAUAUUGUGCUGACUUGGGAAUUUCUGCUAAAUGGAGAACUAAUGAUUUCUGUCCAUUUCCCUGCGGUGAAAAUAUGGUGUAUGAUACUGAGAUGAGUGGUUGUCCGGCCUCCUGUGUGGAUCCAGACUCUGAAAAAGAUUGUGACCAACCUCCGACAGAAGGAUGUCGUUGUAAGGAUGGUUUCAUCCUGAGUGAUAACAAAUGUGUAGAGAAAUCAAAGUGCGGAUGUAAAGGAGCGGAUUCUAAAUAUUAUCCCUUGGGGACAACAUUUACCUCCUCGGAUUGUACGACCGUGCAGCAAUGUAAAGUUGAGGGCGGCAGUGUAGGGUUUAAGACUAUUCUUACAAAACCAAAGUGCGGACAACACCAGGCAUGUUCAGUGCUCAAUGGAUCUCCGACAUGUGUGUGUCAGAAAGGAUACAUCUCCGAUGGGAGAGAUGGCUGCUUAGAGGAAAGUCCCAAGUGCAAUAACAAGAAAACAGACCUCAAAUGUGAGUCUUCCAGUGGGAAUAAAGUUGUGUGUACUGUUCCAAAGGCAAAAACCGUGCUUCAUGUUAGAUCCACUGCAGCAGACUGCAAGUAUGGAUCUACAUAUGGAAUAUCUGGGGAUGGCAUUUGGGUGUCGCUUACAUGUAAAGGGACCUUCUCUGUCUGCUACCUUCCAGUACCGCCUCCGCCAGGAACAGAAUGUCUUGCUCACGAUGAUCCCCAUGGAAAGAAGUACCAAGGCACCGUGUCAUCUACAGAGUUGGGUUACACUUGUCAGAAAUGGUCCUCUCAGUCGCCACACGCGCAUUCUUUACUUAAAACCUUAGACAACAACCACUGUAGAAAUCCGGAUAAUGAGAAAGCGGCCUGGUGCUACACAACUGAUCCCAAAAAGCGAUGGGACUACUGUCAUAUUCCUGUCUGCCCGGGUGUAAAACCAAACAUCAAUGUUGAUGAAUGUCUCGAUGCUGGCGAUCCAAAAGGAUUGAAAUAUGGUGGUUACAGAAACACAACAAAAUCAGGCAAAACAUGCCAGGACUGGGGACGACAGAGACCCCACAGUCAUUCUUUCAAGAAAUUAGCGGAUCAAAGCAACUUUUGCAGAAAUCCCGAUAACGAGGCUGCUCCUUGGUGCUACACAACAUCCAGCGCCACUCGGUGGGAAUUCUGUAGUAUUCCAGAUUGUGGCGAAUGUGACAUCAAGCAAGAGAGGAGUUUGCAGUGUGAAAUCGUUUACAAGGUGACCGGCAAGUGUUACUUUGCCUCAAGUGCUCUCAGCAAAUGCAAGUUCACCGUGCGUUUGAACGAAUACAGAAGUGGCGAGUCGGAAGCAAGGAUACUGAAGGAUGGCAAAGCACACAUUCUCCGCGCAGGAGAUACCCAUAAGAGCUGUGCCUCGUUCGAGAUGCGCUCCAACACGCUGUACGUGGUAGAGAAGCUUUGCGAGGAGAAGUGUACAAAACCUCCAGUUAUUGUGAAUUAGGAGGCAAUGAACUAGUGUUAUUAUUUUUCGUAAUCUGUUAUUAUCAUAAUUUUACCUUUCUUUAUGAAAUGUCAAUUAUUAUUCAAAUUAAACUGAAUUCAGCAAAGCUAGUUAAUCUUACUUACUCUAAAGAGGAAAAAAUGCAGGAUAACAUAAAACUGCAUUGCCAAAAAUUAUGAAAAUUGGUCAGAGAAGUAUCUAAGUAAUUAUGCUACAGAAGCGUAU